ACAGUAAAACCGGAAGUUGUGAUCUGUGUAGCGGCAGGAGCUAGUUAUUUAAAUUGUCUCGUUUUUGUCUUGCUAUUCCAGAUAUUCCGUCGACUUUAUAAAAUUCAACAAGUUUAAAAAACUUCUAUUAUAACUGCAAGAAUAUUUGGCAAAGAACGUACGCUAUUCUUUUUUCUUUUUAAUCGUUUUUACUUACUAAUGCUAGUUUACCAGCAUUUAGCAUCAACGCAGCUUUGUUGACCGAAACUCAGCACGCGCUCGUAUUUUAACUUAAAUAUCGAGCAUUUCUCGGCAUUUGUAAUAGUUUUGCUUCUAAAUUUAACCCUCUUCCAACUCUCUUCUGGUGGCCUCGUGCGUUUGGCCAGUUAUUUUGUUUAAAGUAGCAACAUUAUGGAAGAACCGGUCGCUUUAAGCGCAGCUGGUGGAGAAGCUGUUGACGCCAAUUCCGAGUCGGAAAAAUGCUACAUCUGCCUGAGCCCCUUCGAGAAGCAAACGGUGGGAUCGUUGGAUAAAUGUCCGCACUUCUUCUGCUUUGAAUGUAUCCACCAGUGGUCUCAGACAGCCAACACCUGCCCUGUUGAUCGAAUCAGUUUUUCAUACAUUCUCCAGAGAAAGUGUCCUGAAGGGGACAUACAGAAAAAGCUUAAAGUGACGACGCGCAGAAAGGACGAUGAGACUGAGGAGGAUUGGAGAAGCGUAGUUAUCUGUGAGGAAUGUGGGCGAAGCGGCCGCAGGGACCGACUGUUGGUGUGCAGACACUGUGACUCAGGGUAUCACAUGGACUGCCUGACUCCACCUCUAAAUUCUGUCCCUGAGGGAGACUGGGCCUGCCCUGACUGUGCCACCACCUUGCAGAAUUCAGAGAGCUUUCUGGCAGAAGAGGCAGACAUCAGCGAUGGAGAAAUCACGGACCUUCUCUCUGAUAUGGACCAAACUCCUUCUACAAGCAGCCGCCUGCGAGCUUCAACCGUGAACCGUCCCAGCCGCGUCACAGAAAGACGACGGAGCGCAAGGAUCCAGAGCAGAGGGGGAAGCAGCAGUCCGUAUCCACGGCCCCAAACCUCCUGGCAUGUUCCCAAAUACCUGAUCCGUGCAUCAAGGCCUAGUGGGAAAACGGAAGGGUCUGUAAAUCUCCCUGGUGUCAAAAAUCCCUCAGACAAAAAGAAAAGAAAAAGAAGGAAGAAUGUAGCCUGAAGAACCAUGAAGCAGAAGAAGUAAAAAAGAAAAAUCUUUGUGUAACCAUGGUACUGCCUUGAGUGACCACAUGAUGGCAGCAUUGUGUCAAAUCAGUAAAAAGUCAAAAACUGAAUAA